CUGAGCCUCGUUGGGGACCCGGCCCUGAGAGGGGAGUGUUUGUUUUCGCUCUCUCCUCUCCGAGCCAGGCGCGGCCUCGGCCAUGAGGGCGCGAAAAGGCGGGCAAAGCCUCUCCCCCUUGGCCCCACCUCGGCGCCGGCUCUGUCCCCCUUCCCCGCGCGCCUAACGGCUCGGGAGGGGAAAGCCCGCAGGCGGCCCGGCUCUUCUCCCUCAGGGAUGAGGCAGGAGGCGAAGGGAGGCUUUUUCUCCGCCGGGGCGGCCCGGCUGCUGCUGGCCCUCGGCUGGUCCCUCAGGGCCGCGCAGCCUUACAACCUGGACACGCCGAGCGCCCUGGUCUUCCGAGGGCUCGACGGCUCCCUGUUCGGCUACUCGGUGCUGCUGCACGACUACGGCCCCAGCAGAUGGCUUGUUGUGGGAGCUCCUAAAGCCAAUUGGUCUACAAACAGCUCAGUGGUGAACCCAGGUGCGAUUUUCAAAUGCCAAAUUGGGAGGAAUCCCAAGAGGAAUUGUGACCUGUUCCAAGUGGGUCAUCCAAGUGGAGAAUGGUGUGGGAAAAAGUGUGUGGAAGAACGAGACAAUCAAUGGCUUGGGGUCAGUUUGUCAAGGCAACCUGGAGAAAAUGGAUCUGUUGUUGUUUGUGGCCAUCGAUGGAAAAAUAUCUACCAUAUGAAAAAUAAUGACAAACUUCCUAAUGGCAUUUGCUAUGAGAUACCUCCUGAUUUUCGGCCACUAUUGAGUCAAAGAAUAUGUCCUUGUUAUCAGGAUGGAUUGCAAAGGUAUGGAGAAAAAUAUGGAGCAUGCCAGGUUGGAAUACAUACAUUUUACAUAGAGGAUUUAAUUAUUAUGGGAGCUCCAGGAUCAACUUAUUGGACUGGCUCCAUCUUUGUAUACAAUAAAACAGCAAAUAUCUUUCUUCCAUACGUGGAUCGGGAUAAUCAAGUAAAGUUCGGGAGCUAUUUAGGGUAUGCCGUCGGAGCAGGCCGGUUCCUCUCUCCAAACAGUGUGGAAAUAGUUGGAGGUGCUCCCCAACAAGAGCAGACUGGUAAAGCAUAUAUUUUUAAAAUGGAGAAACAUCUGUCCAUUUUGACCGAAUUGAAGGGUAAAAAGCUUGGUUCCUAUUUUGGAGCUGCUGUCUGUGCAGUGGAUCUCAACGGAGAUGGCCUCUCGGACUUACUGGUUGGUGCACCAAUGCACAGUAAAGUCAGAGAAGAAGGAAGGGUUUAUGUAUAUAUCAACUCAGGCUCUGAAUCAAGGAUGACAGAGCUGGACACAGUAUUGACUGGAAGUGACUUGUAUGCAGCAAGGUUUGGAGACUCCAUUGCCAAUUUGGGAGACAUUGAUAACGAUGGGUUUGAAGAUGUAGCCAUUGGAGCUCCACAAGAAAAUGAUUUAGAAGGGACAGUUUACAUAUACAAUGGGAGGGAAGAUGGAAUGUCACCAGUCUUCUCACAGAGGAUUCAGGGACAUCAAAUCAGCAGCUCCUUGCGUAUGUUUGGCCAUUCCAUAUCUGGGAAUAUUGAUGUUGACGACAACGGAUAUUCAGAUGUAGCAGUUGGUGCUUUUCUGUCGGAUUCUGCUGUGCUGCUCAGGACAAGAGCAAUAGUGAUCGUUAAAGCAUUCUUUGAGCAUCCUACUUCAGUCAAUCGAAGUAAACUGGAAUGUGUGGAGAAUGGACAGCCAGCUGUGUGUACGAAUUUGAAGAUUUGUUUUACCUAUCACGGCCGAGCUGCUCCGGGUUAUAUUGUAUUGCUUUAUAAUCUAAGUCUGGAUGUUACCAGGAGAUCAGAAACUGCUGCAAGAUUUUAUUUUUCCUCUAAUGGAACGUCUGAAACGAUCCCUGGAAGCAUUGAGAUUUACAGCAAUAAUGUCACUUGCAGAGAUCACCAAGCAUUCAUGAGGAAAGAUGUAAGGGAUAUCCUGACUCCUAUACAUGUAGAAGCCACUUAUCAUCUCGGACAUCACGUUUUGAAAAGAAAAAGUGCAGAUGAACUCCCACCACUCCAGCCAGUUCUUCAGCAAAGAAAAGAAGGCAAUGUUGUACACAGCAAGUUUGUUUUUGCAAGAUUUUGCUCUCAAGAAAAUUGUUCAGCUGACUUGCGAGUUUCUGGACACCUUGGACUUCCAAAGCUGCAUGAAAAGAAAUCUUACCUUGCAGUUGGAAGUGUGAAAACGUUGAUGUUAAAUGUCACCUUGUACAAUGCGGGUGAUGAUGCCUAUCAGACUGCUCUCCACGUCCAGCUCCCUAAAGGUCUCUAUUUCACCAAAAUUUUAGAGCUGGAAGAAAAACGGAUACAUUGUGAAGUCUCAGAAAAGGGAAGUCAUGCAGUGAAACUUGAUUGCAAUGUUGGGUAUUUAUAUGUAGAUCACCUGUCAAAGCUGAAUUUUACUUUCCUGCUGGAUGCAAGUUCACUUACAAGGGCAGGAGAUGACCUCAUCAUCAGCAUCAACGCAACCUGUGAAAAUGAAGAAGACAAGGACUUAUUGUUGGAUAACAGCCUAACUUUAACUUUUCCUCAGAAGUACGAGGUUCAGCUGAACGCUCACGGGUUUGUAUCACCAACGUCGUUUGUUUAUGGGCCUAGUGAAGAAAAUGUAGCGGUUACUUGCAUGAAGGAAAUGAUCAACUUCACUUUCCAUGUCAGUAAUCCUGGGCUAAGUCUGGCUCCUGAUGUGGACUUGGAGAUACAAAUACCCAAUUCUGUUGCAUCAAAGGACAUUCGGCUGUUCAAUAUUUUUGACGUUCAGGCAACAGCUGGAAAAUGUACCUACAAAAAAUACAGAGAAUGCAUUUUGCCAGAAAAUAAUGAAAACGUCCUGCAGGAUCUGAUUACUUUCCUUACAAAGCCUGACAACAGGCUAAUGUACUGUAUGAAAGAUGACCCAUUAUGUUUGCAAAUACUUUGCAACUUGGGAGACUUGGAAAGUGGGAAAGAAGCAACCGUUCAUAUCUAUCUGGAAGCAACCCCAUCACUGUUAAAUGCGGAUGCAGCUUCAGUACUUAAGUUUGAGGUGAGAGGGAAAGCUUCAUCAGAUCAAAAUCCUAAAGUUAUUGAACUACAGAAGGACAAGCAAACGGCAUAUGUCAUUCUCGAAGGAUUGCACAACCAAAAAGCAAAACAGAAUGUUAAAAUGCUGUUUGUAGGAUUUGGUUCAUUGGUUGGAGGUCUUUUGCUUCUGCUUCUUUCAUAUAUUUUAUGGAAGGUGGGUUUCUUCAAAAGAAAAUACAAACUUAUUCCCCAAGAAGAGAAUGGAAGACAAAGUUGGAGUUUUAUAAACAGCAACCAGAUUUCCAGUGACAAUUAAAUUUUUCUGGCAGUGAUCAAAGACUCUGAUUACAAGACUGAACGGAUCCAAGUCCUGGUAAUAGACAGCUGGAAGAAAAGGCUACAUAUUACCCUUUUAAAAACGCAAAUCAGAUUUUAUGAAGAAAAAUGAUAAUUACAAUUGAGAAAUCAGUCUCUGGUUUUAUAGGAACACAAGGUUUUUAAAAAAAAACUCUGGAUGAACUACUGCUUCCUUAAACAUUCAAUCCUGAAUUCACCUUGGAAGCUAACAUGAUUGAACAGAGGCUAUCGUACUUUGGUCACACUCACUGAAAAAGACAAUGCUCAGAAAGAUGGAAGGCAGUAGGAAAACAGGAAGACGCAACAUCAGAUGGCUUGACUCAAUAAAGAAAGCCAUGGCCUUGAGUUUGCAAGGCGUAAGCAAGGCUGUUAAUAACAGCACAUACUGUAGGGUGGCCGUAAGUCAGAAGGGACUUGAUGGCACGUCACACACAAGAAACAGCGUGAUGUGCAUUGAGAACAGCCAUUCCAUUUCCUUUUUCACAUUCUGCAUAGCUUUACUGUGCAGAGUAUCAACAAAUCAAGUUACAAAUGUAAGUAGAAAUCUUGCGGGAAGACUUGACACAGCUGUAGAGAGUACCUUCAAUGAGAUUUUAGAAUAUAGUAUAAAACUUUUUCAGUGCACCAUAUUUUUAUAUACAAGAGAUUAAUAUUCCCUGGUACAUGCUUAUAUGAAAGGUAUGUCGCUAAAUUAGACUAAUGUAGUUAGUUAUACAAUUACUUAAUAUGCAGCUGUUCAAACAUAUUUUUGUACUUAAACUGCAUAUUUGAUUCCCUAUAGAAGACUGAAAUGUUUUAUUUUACACUUCUCAGAUAGUACCAAACGAGCUGUGAUUCAGAUCGUCCAGUUGUGUAUGCUGUAUAAAGAUACUUCCCUGUUAUCUUUCAGGAUCGCGGAAAUACUGUAGACAGUUUCUUAUAAGAAGUCUUACUUAUUUUGAAACACAUUAAGUCAAAAAGAAUACAGAUAAGUAAACUUGUUUUGAAAACCAAAUAGUUUAGUUUCCCAAAACAUUCUGAUUUGCAAAAUCAUCUUAAUAGUACAGUUCAAGGAGAAGGUGAAGUUAUUGCACUUUAAGCCAAAUAUAUUUGAACAGAAGCCAGUUGUAUUAUCACAAUAGGUACAGCAAAGCUUUUUCAAAAGCAUUAAAGUCUAAAGUGUGAAAAUUGAAAGAACGGAAUGUAGUAAAAAGUGAUCUGGUGCUAUUUUAUCAGGGCAGGGAAUUUGAGAAAUCUGUGGCCACACUAAAAAAUACCCGGAGUGCCAACAAACCUUGUCUCUCUCAUCUAGUGUGCGCAGAAAAGGGGCAUUGGGUAUUAACUGUGACUCAGGAGUGGGCGCAUAUGGGUGGAGAUAAGAGGGAAGUAGAGGUAAGGCGAACUGCUGCAUAAAGUCAAUUCAACUCCCAUCUUCAGCUGCUUUUUGUAGUUGUAGAAAUCAUGUUCAAAAUACGCAGAUUUGACUUCUGUUGGCUGAGACAGUAGUAUGAUUAAAGCAACAGAUCUUUUCAGAAAUAAAGUUCUGUUAACUGAAACCCAUUUGUUU